AUGUCGUCGAGAAGCGUGGCUCCCUCAACGCUUCGCUCUUUGGCUCGAUCAGGGCGAAUUCAGAUCACCCGACAACGAGUGCCGCCGCAAAUUUCAGUCCGAAGACAACUCUCUUCCAAACCGUCUGGCAAUCCUACGGCUCAUCUAGCAUGGAAGCGACCGUCCGCUGCGGUUCUCGCUGCCGCAGCCACUGUGGCCUUAGUCUACAGCACUGGGCCACUCAACGCAGUCGAGGCCGAAGCCCCUACCCCCGAUCCUCCAGAGAUCUUGAUUGAGAAGUCGAAGAAGAAACAGGGGGCCUCCAAAGAGGAAAAUCGAGAUCGAAUCAGCUCGCAGCAUGUACAAGUCAAAAAGAGUUGGGAGAACCCGGGGGUUUACGCAUGGGGGUCGAAUACGGGCAAAGUGGCGGCUCCAGAUUCGGACGAGGCAUACAUCAAGACGCCACGGAGGAUUCCUUUCUUUGACGACCAUCUACUCCGGGAUCUGAAACUCGACAGGAGCUUCGGCGCCGCUGUACUCGAGAAUGGCGACCUCGUGCAGUGGGGCAAGGCAUUUUCAGAAGACGUCGUCCAACCAACCCUCACGUUGAAGGGGAAGGAUCUCAAGUCCAUCGCGAUCUCACGAGAUCGUAUCAUUGGUCUGGCAAAGAAUGGGACUGUCUACUCCAUCCCGGUCUCCAAAGCCGACCAAGAGAAUGGGCCUAAGCCCAGCGAGAGUUCCUGGAUACCAUUCUUGAGCACGACGUCCCCGAUCAGUUACAGGAGACUGACGCCGCAGAAGCUAGGCAUUGGUGAGAAAGUCACGUCCAUCAGCGGCGGACUGGAACACGUCUUGCUGCUCACGAACUCCGGCCGCGUCUUCUCUGCCGCAUCCAGCACCGAAGACUAUCCGAGUCGAGGCCAGCUGGGGGUGCCCGGCCUGACAUGGCUCACACGCCCUGCCGGAUCUUACGACAUGUGCCAUGAAUUGACCACGCUGAAAGGAUUCAACAUUGAGAAAGUGGCUUCCGGAGAUACGCACUCGCUGGUUCUCGACAAAGAAGGCAGAGUGUUUGCAUUUGGGGACAACUCGUUCGGCCAGCUGGGGUUCGAGUUGACUCCCGAAUCGCCCUAUGUCGACAUGCCGUCUUUGUUGCCCAUCACCAAGCUUUAUCAAGGCACCAAUCAGGUGCCCAAAGUCACCGGCAUCUCCGCCGGCGGCCAAAACAGCUUCUUCACCAUCGAUGCCACACGUGUUGCAGGCCCGUCUGAGAAUCCAUCCGAUGUCCGUACGCUCGGGCGCGUGACAGCCGACACUUGGACAUGUGGGCAAGGAAUCAAAGGCCUCCUCGGAAACGGGCGCUGGACCCAUGUGCAGGACCAACUGACAAAGGUGCCGGCGCUUAGCGGGCUUUUCGAAUACGACGAGAAGAAGAAUGUCGUCGUGCCCAUCCGAAUGGCUCAGAUCUCGGUUGGCUCCACGCACGCCUCGGCCGUGAUGGACAAUGUCACCUAUCUCAAUGCGAGCGAGAAGAGCUCGGAUGAUGACACGAACUGGGGUGCCGACGUGCUGUGGUGGGGUGGCAAUGAGUUCUACCAGCUCGGAACGGGGAAACGCAACAACCUGGCCACUCCUCAGUAUAUCCGACCACUGGACACGGCCGCGGAGAUCGAGGCUGGCAGGAAAGAUCAGCACCGCCUGCAUUUGACGCCCAAGCAUACGAUUCGAGUCAAAGGCCGCAAAGUCGAUGUCGAGCAGAGAGUUGAAUGUGGCCGGAACGUCACUGCCGUCUAUUCUGCAGUCUAG